GUCUUGCCUCUUGAGUUUUCGCCCACUUCGAUCCAGCGUUGUGCCGGCCUUCACGGUACACUUAAUCGGAGGCCACAAGCGACGAGUAUGAGCUGCGGGCUGUCCCGGGGAACGAUUGGCUUCCUUGUCCAGAAGGCGACUGACUCCGUCCGUCAUUGACAGCGGGGACUUUAUGUGGUGUUCCAGGCUGUGGAGGAGUUCCUGAGUGAGCUGCGUUGCAGGGAGGAGCCUCACUGCGCCGGGCUCAUCUCCCAAGCCACAGCCGUCAAGUUUCUUAUGGCCCGCAAGUUCGACGUCUCCCGAGCCGUCGACCUCCUCCAAGCGUACAAGAACACGAGAAUCAAAGAGGGCAUCAUCAACAUAAACCCUGACGAGGAGCCCCUCCGUUCUGAGCUUCUGAGCGGCAAAUUCACCAUCCUGCCCGGACGUGACGCGAACGGUGCCGCGCUCGCCCUCUUCACAGCUCGCCUCCAUCGGCCGGAUGUGACCACUCACAAAGCCGUGCUGCAGGUCAUCAUCUAUCAGCUGGAUAAAGCCAUAGACAGUGUUCAAACCCAGAGAGACGGACUUCUGUUCAUAUAUGACAUGACCGACUCCGGUUAUGGGAAUUUUGACUAUGAUCUUUGUGUCAAGAUCCUCAAUUUGCUCAAGGGGGCGUUUCCCGCUCGUUUAAAAUGCGUCUUCGUCGUGUCGUCGCCGCUGUGGUUUCGAGCGCCUUUUGCCGUCUUACGCCUCUUUGUGCGCGAGAAGCUGAGAGAACGGGUGUGCACAGUGAAGGCUCACAAGCUGGCCAAUCACAUCCCGGUCUCGUCCCUCCCUGAGCACCUCGGCGGGACGUCGCGCUACAGCCACGUGGCCUGGAUCCAGUCCUGCAUCAACGCAAGCACUGUGGAGGGUGACGCGCAGAUCCGCGACACGCACGACUGCGUGGGAAGCCUUUUGCGUUCUUACAGCCUCGAGUGCGGCGAUCCGAGCGACGGCCAUUUGAGUACUCGGCCGGACCCGGAGCCGUCCCCGGCGAGCUCGAAUUUCUAUGACGACUGCGACGCGAGCCCACACAACCACGGUUAUGCGGAUGAGGGCAGGACUCUGGGUCAUUCUCAGCUGAGCCCGCGUUGUGGUCCAAACACGCUACAGGGGAAUCACCGACACUGGAGCGACUCAGCUGGGAGCCCCAAUUCUAACAUGAACGGUCGCAGACGCCCGAUUCCACCCCGGUCGGACACGCCCCCUGGCACGCCGCUCCCUCACGAAGGUGACGGGGACGCGGCGGACGGGGGAACGACCGACUCGCGUGGCGGACCUCCGAGUGAGCAGAUGAAAGAGGCGGGAGAGGAGGGCGUGCCGCCGCUGCCCCAGAAAUCCUCACCCAGACCGCCCCAGCAGCCCGCCUCCCAAACGUCACCCUUGUCUUCACCGCGGGGUCCCGAUGACGAGGACCGCCGGAACGAGGAGUCUGUUCACGUGCCGGAGCAGGGAGGAAUGGCGAUGCAGGAGCUGCUGGAUCACGUCAAGAGGAACAAGAAGAAAGGCAUCUAUCAGGAGUACGAAGAGAUUCGCAAGGAGCCGCCCGCAGGCACCUUCGACUACUCCAAGAAACUCUCCAAUCAGCUCAAGAAUCGGUACAGCGACGUUUUGUGUCUGGACCAAUCCCGAGUGCGACUCUGCCGGCUCUGCGACGACGGCGACGAGACUUCAGAUUACAUUAAUGCGAGCUUCAUGGAUGGCUACAAGAGGAGAAAUGCAUACAUCGCUGCUCAGGGCCCUUUGCCCAAAACGUUUGGGGACUUCUGGCGCAUGGUGUGGGAGCAGAUGGUACUUAUCGUCGUCAUGACAACGAGAGUGGUGGAACGAGGACGCGUGAAAUGCGGUCAGUACUGGCCGCUGGAAGAAGGCCGAACAGAGCAACACGGCUGUUUCCUGGUCAGGAACACCCACAUCCAGGUCUUUGACGACUUCAAACUCUCACAUCUGGAGCUUUGUAACACUCAGUCUGGGGAGAAACGCGACGUGUGCCACUACCUCUACGUCAGCUGGCCGGACUUCGGGGUGCCCAAGAGCGCGUCGGCCAUGUUGGACUUUCGCGAACACGUACUUCAGAGGCAGGACCUGGCGGUCCGGAGUCUGGGCUCCGGUUGGAAGGGGCCGCCGGGGGGGCCCCCUCUGGUGGUGCACUGCAGCGCUGGCAUCGGGCGGACAGGGACCUUCUGCACGCUGGACAUCUGCCUGUCGCGGCUGGAGGACGUCGGCACGGUCGACGUCCAGCAGACGGUGCGGCGCAUGCGUACUCAGAGAGCUUUCAGCAUUCAGACCUGGGAGCAGUACUACUUCUGCUACACGGCGGUCAUCGAGUACGCCGUGCGCCGCGGCAAGCUGGGCCCGGUGCAAUGGUCCGACUCAGAAAUCGAAACGGACAGCGAGUGAGAGACGUGUAGAGCCGAAGAGCUUUGGCGGGGGGAAAUUUCACAGCAAACGGCAGCGGGGUUGGGGGGUGGACAACUUGCCCUUUUGACAAGAACCUUGUAGCAUUUUUCUAUUGACUUGCACAUGACGAACGGCAAACGUCUUCACCCUCAACCUGUUUUGUCAUUUUUUUUUUGUUCUGAGACGGGAUGCGGCUUUUGACAAAUGUGUGUGUGUGAGCCAUUUCUUUUUUUCCAUCCUAUAACUUUUUUUUUUCUCUUUCCUAUGGUGAGUUUUCUACGUGACGUAUUGCGUGCAUAUUAUGUAGAGUUGAUUUUUUUUUUUUUUU